CUCGAGUCUUGAUCUAGGUACUGCUCAGUCAUGCGGACUGCGCCCUCUACUAAGUUUUAGGGGUCACGACUCACACAGUACACUGCAGCCUCCUUUCCUGAUGCCAAGUUGGAAGUGUUGAUAGCGAUUGGGGCAGACCUCUGUCGGCGCUUGCAGAAGAAGGCGCCGUUUCUGGAGGACGGCACCUGACAGGGAGGGCUUACAGGAAGAGUUGGGAAAAUUGUCACAAAGUUUUAGGUUUUGUAGCCGAGGAGACGCGGCUGUGACAGUUUGUUUUCACCUUGUGCUGGGCAGGCCUUUUUGAAGAUCAGAGAUGGCGGGAGCAGUAAAGCCACUUGCUUCGCCACAGCUUUCAGAGGCGGGCCAGGUUAUGGAUGAUGAGGACCCUUUCAUCAUCCCCCCGAAACCCCCUGUCGACGCACUACGAAAAUGGCGGAGUGCCACGCUGGCGUUGAAUGCAUCAAGGCGCUUCCGGUACACCGCAAACUUGAAUCGGGUUGAGGAGAGGAGACUGCAGCGCCUGGGCCGUUUCAAAACAGCAGGACAUGUUGCCAUGGCUGCGGCCCGCUUCAAGAACUCCACUUUGAAGAAGACACAGGAAGUUGCGGUGCCGGCAGAUUAUACUGCGGAGGAGCUCUCGGACCUUGUUGCAGCAGGAGACGCGUCAGUUCUUCCUCAACUGGGAGGGGUUCAAGGAAUUUGCCAGACCUUGAAGACUGAUCCUGAAGACGGCAUUUCUGGAACUCCAGAGGAUGUCGCGGCCCGCCAAGAGAAGUUUGGAACCAACACUCAUCCAGAGAAGCCGCGAAAGCCUUUUUGGCGUUUUGUUUGGGAGGCUUGCCAGGACACGACUUUGAUCAUCCUAGCAAUCUGUGCUGUUGUUUCCUUGGCGGUGGAGAUGAAUACACAGGGAACGAAAACUGGGUGGUACGACGGUGCAGGCAUUGGUUUUGCCGUCACCCUUUGUGUUUUUGUCACAGCUAUCAGUGAUUGGAGGCAGUCCCUGCAGUUUGCGAACUUGAAUAAAGAGAAGGGCAAGAUCUACAUAAAUGUCGUUCGUGGCGGCAAGCGGGAGAAGGUGCUCAUCUUUGACUUGGUCGUGGGGGACAUCAUUUUCCUCAACAUCGGGGACCAGGUUCCAGGAGAUGGUAUCUUCGUCCAGGGUCACCAGCUGACCAUUGAUGAGUCCAGCAUGACGGGGGAAAGCCAGCCAAUGCACAAGAACGAGCAGAAGCCGUUCAUGAUGGCGGGAACCAAGGUUUCUGAUGGGAUGGGCACCAUGGUGCUCACGGGAGUGGGUAUGCACACCGAGUGGGGCAAGGUGAUGGCGACCCUGAGCGAGGAUGUCGAUGAGGAGACGCCGCUGCAAGUGCGGUUGAACGGAGCUGCCACCGCCAUCGGAAAGAUGGGUCUGCUGGUCGCCGUGUUCACCUUCAUCGUGUUGAUGAUCAGGUUCUUUGCCACCGUCGACUAUGGCCAUUUUGGAGGCGAGGAGGGCAAUCGGAUUGUCGAAUACUUCUCCAUUGCUGUUACCAUCGUGGUGGUGGCCGUGCCAGAAGGGCUGCCCUUGGCUGUUACUCUCACUUUGGCAUACUCCAUGCGCAAGAUGAUGAACGACAAGGCGCUUGUGCGGCAUCUAGCCGCGUGCGAGACGAUGGGCUCUGCCACGACUAUUUGCAGUGACAAGACGGGCACGCUAACUCUCAACCAGAUGUCGGUGGUAGCGUCCUGGAUUUGCGGCUCCCUUAAGGAGCCCGACACCCUGGCGACUGCCCUCCAAGAUGACGCUCUCGGCUUGCUCAAAGAGAGUGUCUUUAACAACACCAACGGGAGCGUGUUCGUGCCCAAGGACGGUGGCGCUCCCGAGGUUUCUGGGAGCCCCACCGAGGCUGCAGUGCUAACUUUCGGAGUGAAGCUCGGAGGCAACUUCGAAGAGACCAAGGCCCUGGCUUCCGUCAUCGCUAUUGAGCCCUUCAACUCGGCCAAGAAGAGAAUGGGCGUCGCUGUCAAGAGAAAGGACGGCUCCGUCCGCGUGCAUUGGAAGGGCGCCUCUGAGAUCGUCCUGGGGCUCUGCACGUCUUUCCUCGACUCCGACAACCAGGUGCACGCCCUGACCCCGGAGAAGGUGCAAGAGCUGCAGGGCGAGAUCCAAAGGAUGGCAGAGGGCAGCCUGCGCACGCUGUGCCUGGCAUACAAAGAACUAGACCCGGCAUCUAUCCCUGCCGGGAGCCUCGAGGAGUGGCCCGUUCCGGAGGAGGGCCUGACAUGCAUGGCAAUCGUGGGGAUCAAGGACCCGUGCCGCCCGGGAGUUCCGGAGGCGGUGGCCCUGUGCCAGCGCGCUGGUGUGAUGGUGCGCAUGGUGACGGGCGACAACGUGGUGACGGCCAAGGCCAUCGCCAAGGAGUGCGGGAUCCUGACGGAGGGAGGUGUCGCCAUUGAGGGCAAGGACUUCCGGGUCAUGAGCAUAGAGGAGCAGGAGAAACUCCUGCCCAGGCUGCAGGUGAUGGCCCGCUCCUCCCCCACCGACAAGCACAUGCUGGUGAAGCGGCUGCGAGCGAUGGGCAACGUCGUCGGUGUGACGGGCGACGGCACCAACGACGCGCCCGCACUGCAUGAGGCCGACAUCGGGCUGUCCAUGGGGAUUGCCGGGACGGAGGUCGCCAAGGAGAGCUCCGACAUUAUCAUUCUGGAUGACAAUUUUGCGUCCAUCGUCAAGGUCAUCCGCUGGGGCCGCUCCGUGUACGUCAACAUCCAGAAGUUCAUCCAGUUCCAGCUGACCGUCAACGUGGUCGCGCUCUCCAUCAACUUCGUCUCGGCGCUCGCCAGCGGCAACGUCCCGCUGACCGCCGUCCAGCUGCUGUGGGUCAACCUGAUCAUGGACACUUUGGGCGCGCUGGCACUCGCCACCGAACCCCCCACCGACGACCUCCUGCUGCGCCCCCCCGUCGGACGCACCGCCCCGCUCAUCACCAACUUCAUGUUCCGCAACAUCGCGGGCCAGGCGGUCUACCAACUCAUCGUCCUGUUCACGUUGCAGUUUGGAGGCAAAAGCAUCUUCGGUUUCUCGGACGCGGGCUACCCGCCACCGAGGGUUGGAAAAGAGACGCACUCCACGCUCCUCAACGGCACCAUGAUCUUCAACGCCUUCGUCUUCUGCCAAAUUUUCAACGAAAUCAGCUCUCGCAAGCCUGAACAGGUCAACUGCUUCGAGGGAUUUUUCAAGAACAAGAUGUUUGUGGGCAUCAUCUUCAUCACGAUCGGGCUGCAGAUCAUCAUCGUCGAGUUCCUCGGGGAUUUCGCCACCACCACCCCCCUCAAUUGGUGGCAGUGGAUCGUGUGCGUGAUCAUCGGGCUGGUUGGCAUGCCCAUUGCCGCGCUCGUGAAGCUGCUCCCUGUGCCCAACAAACCGUUCCCCGAGACGCGCUACUUCAGGUGGCUGACCAAGAUCCUGAUCAGCCGGAAGAAGCGGAAGGCGCACGCGGAACUCAAGGCGAAAGCUGCCGGCCAUAAUGGUAGCGCAGAGGCGGAAGGAGCUGCAAUCGAAUUGGCUCAGGCUGGUGAAACCCCAGCUGGUGUUGCCUCGGGGCAUUUACCGGUGGCAAAUGGUAACGGCGAGUAUGCGAACGGUAAAAGCGAGAUUAAGGCCGGGAAAGUGGUUUGAGAACGGUAAAAGCGAGAUUAAGGCCGGGAAAGUGGUUUGAUUAAUGCUGGAUCAGACGAGAUGCUUUGCCUUUGUUGCAUUUGUGGUCAUUAGUAAGAGAAGUGGUGAUUACCUGAUUGCUCAAGUAGAUUUUAUAGGUUAGAGUCGUGCUAAGCAUAGACUGCAGUUGUUUCGACCGAAGCCAAUACGCAUCGGUAUCGUUUACAUAACGACCAGAACGUUUGCACGGCUCAACGGUAUGCUAAAACUUAAUUACACGUUCGUCUGAGACUAUUCUACCAAGGCAGAACAGAGUUUGUUUUCCUCCGGAAUUGUGUUAUAAGUGCUAUCCGUCAUGCGAAU